UCUUCCGCAGCCUAGUUUCUCUUAGUGAUCGCCGGAAUCAAAUAACCGAAACGUGAAGCAAUGAAGGGUGAUAACGUUUUACCAGUAUCAUCGCCGGCGAUGCAUUUAACAUCAUCGGCAAUAGUGCACUCGAAGAAGGAGAGUCCCGGUUCGGUUGUAUUUGGCCGAUCCCGAUACAAGUUUUGGGCUUUGGCGGCUAUGUUAAUGCUGUCCUUCUGGUCGAUUUUAACCGGCACAGUGACUCUCCGGUGGUCGGCCGGCAAUCUCAACACUGUAUCCCACGACAUCGACAUUGCUAUCCACGAAGAUCUAGACGUCAUCGAGAUGGAGGACCGAGAGAAUAUGGUGAAGCACAUAUGGUAUGUCUACACUAACAGUCGUCGGAUCACAUUGCCGAAGUUCUGGCAGGAAGCAUUCGAGGCCGCCUAUGAGGAUUUGAUAAGUGAUGUCUCUGACGUCCGAGAGGCCGCCAUUUCUGAGAUAGCUAAGAUGUCUAUUCGCUACAUACAUGCAGAGCCCCCACCUCUCCGCUCAUCGGCAUUACACAAAUCAAGUCUAAAGCAUGUAGAAAGAAGAGAAUUUGAGGCAGAGUGGAGAAUUUGAGGCGGAGUGUUGUUGAGGCGCACCAAAUUUUCAUUAUUAUCUAUAGGCCCUCUGAUUUAUGAUAAAGUGCAGGACAUGUACGAGGGAAAGUGAAACACUGCUUUGAUUUAAUUAAUUCAUGAAAUAGAAAUUUUUUAUAUAGCAAUAUUUUUUAGCAGUAAUAAUAUUAUUGUUGUUGAUUAUUAUGAAUUCUUGAUGAUAUAAUCUAGCCAGUACAAAAUACAAAGUCUUGGAAAGUGAAUGCAGGUCUAUAUGGGAUUA